AUGGGUGCAUCUUCAAGUUCCAGUUCAAUUAUUGCGUCUGUUGGAACUGACACAUCCUCCGUAAAACUCCAGGCUAGUGUGAAACCAAUCAUACAAACCGAGACAAAAAGCAAGGCCCAAUAUUCACUAACUGAUGAAGCUUAUGAGUUCUUAGGUCUGCCACCAAAGGCCACCAGCUCUACAACUACCCAACCUCAACCAGCCAACAGUGUUUCUUCUAUAUCACCUGAAAAAUCAUCGCAGCAGCAGACAACAGAAAUUUGUCAUGCUAAUCUCUGGAAGUACUGUGAUCUGGGAGGUAAAUGCACUAAGAUGCACUACUACUUACCGUACCGCUGGCAGCUGUUCAGUGGAAUAGAUUGGGAUGACCUUCCUAAUAUGGAGGAUAUUGAGAGGACAUACUGUGAUCCCAAGAUGGACAGGUACCAAUUGAUCGACUUUCAGGCCAUGAAAUCUGGUUUCAAGUCAGUCCGCAGGCUCGCCACCCCAUCGUCUGUCACCCAGCCCUCUGAGUGCGUGCUGUCCACUGAGUGGCGUUGGUACUGGAAGAAUGAGUAUGGUAUCUGGACUGAGUACGGAAAAUUGAGCAGAGAGAACAUGAAUGCCACCAUUCUAUCAUCAGACCUGGAGAGCAUCUACCUGUCUGACCCUACUGGGACGAUCCCUUUCUUUGCUGAAAACCAGAGCUAUUAUAUUGACUGCCAAGAGAUGAAGCAAAGGAACUCAUAUUUCAUGACAGAGCGGGAGGUGCGCCGGAGACCCAAAUUCCUUGAUUUCCAGAAUGUGAAGAUGUUGAGAGGAAGGUAAUUGGAAAUAUCACA